AUGCAGAACAGACAAGGAUACUGCAGCUACUGCUGCGUGCGCUAUAACAACCUGGAACAGCAUAUGUCCAGUGCUCAGCACAGAUACUUGACCACACAGAAUCGACAGCGGAUGGGCACUACUAGCUUGAUGGAACGUUUCUUGCAGGACGUGCUCCGGCACCACCCAUAUCAUUCUCAAGAAAGCAGAUCAACCCAAAAUGAGAGACUUCUUACGAAUACUGCGUCACCUCCUGAAGUGGUUCCUGUUGAUGAUUCUGUUUCUGAAGGAGCGACUGAGGAUGCUGCUGGAGUCAAAGGAGAGAGAUCCACCAAGGGUUUUGAACCUAGUAAAGAGUUGCAUUCUAGACCCAGCAAAUCUCAGGAAUAUAUACAGGGUGUUUCAGUUAGACCAUCAGUUAUUCAAAAACUGGAGAAGGGACAACAGCAGCCCUUGGGGUUUGUUCAGAAAAUUGGGAGUGGCAUGAAAGAAUUUAAUCCAGUUGGUAUUGGCCAAGCUACACAUACUAGACCAAGCUUAAUAUGUCCAUCAGUGAUUUCUAGUGCUCCUGCUAGUUGUUUAGCUGGAAGUUCCUUUGAUAGACCAGUUACAACUAAAACUACUAGGUUACCAGCUGCAGCUAGUUCAGAAUCAGUCAGAAAAUGUGACCCAAACAAAGUUGACAGAUACGUUGAACAGCCAGACAGGGGCUCUAGAAAUCCUGUGCUGUCAUCCAGUCUAGAAACUUCUUCAGUUUCCUAUCAGAAACCUAAAGAACCAAAUAGGAAGUCUUUAGGUACAAAUUCAGAUAAAUUGAUUAUACAGGAAGAUGAAAAAUCUCAGUGUAAAACUUUGUCAGCUGGCGCUAAAGUCCAUGAAUUUAUGGGCACUGAAGGCUCCUUAAAAUCUGAAUCUCUUUCCAAAUUAGCUGUCAACCAAGGAAUCAACCUGAAUAAAAGUGGCAUGCCUUCUAAUAAAGGAAUCUUUGAAGAUGCUACUGCAAAGCACCGUGGGAAAUUCUUUUCUGAUGUGGAUCAUACCCAAGAGGAAAAGCAUUUGGUUUUUAAUAAGUCAGCCUUUUUGGGACAGAAGAGCUCAGUGAUUUCUGAAGUGAAGUUUGCUCGUGGCUCUCUUCAGUCAGCGUCUGAUCAACCCGAAGAGGCUGCGCAAGACCUUUGGAAAGAGGAGCAGGUUGACCAAGAAGAUAAAAACUAUGAAUCAAGAGCUUCUGAAAUGAGUUUUGACUGCAGUUCCCCUUUUCAUUCACCGACUGACGAAUCUAAGGUGACUGCCAAAGAAAUAAACCUUUCAAAGGAAGCAUAUGCCGAUUUGCAGUGUAAGAAUAAUAAAUCUUUCAUUUCUGAAAUAAGUUCUGAUCGUGACGGCUCUCUUCCGUUGGCUACCAACCGAACUCAAGUAAUUGUUAAAGGUGUAAGGGUUCAGAAGGCAAAGCCUAUUAGCCUGGUUGAUGAAAGCUAUGAAUCUAGUGAUUCAGAGAUUAAUUUUGAAUGUGAUGCCUUACUUCAGUCAACCAAUGACUACCCCCAACAACCUGCAAAAGAAGUAAGCCUUCCUAAGGAGGAACACAUUGACUUGGUUGAUAAGAACUAUGGAUCUAGUAGCUCCGAAGUAAGUACUGAUUCUCCAUUUCCUCUUCAGUCAGUGGGCGACCGACUCCCAGUGGCUGCCACAGAAGCAAAACUUCAGAAGGUUCACAUUGGCUUGGUUGAUAAGAACUAUGGUUCGAGUUGUUCUGAAACAAGUAUUGAUAAUGAUGCUUCUCCUCAGUCAGUAGUUGAGCAUCCCCACCUGGUUGUCAAAGAAAGAAACCUAAAGGAUAGACAGGUCUACCUGAAAGAUAAGAACCUUAAAUCCACCAGUGCUAAAGCCCAUCUUGAUUAUGCGGUCUCCCUUGAGACAGUGACUGAUGAAUCUCAGAGGACUGUUGAAGAAAUACAUCUUCUGGAGGAGAAGAAUGAACCUGUGGAUAUGAACUAUGAUUCUCACGGUUCUGAAAUGAGUUUUCACACUGAUGCUCGAUUAGUGGCUGGCCAAUCCAGAGUAAUAGUUAAAAAAGUGAACCUCCGAGAAGUAGCUGUUGACCUGGAGGAUAAGAGCGUUAAGUCUAGCAAUUCUGAUCAAAGUUCUGAUUCUCGUGCUUCUCUUUAUCAGUCAGCUAGUGAUCAACGUGAAAUAAGUCUGAAAGAGUUAAAUGUUGACAUGGAAGUUAAGAGCUAUGGGUGCUCCAGUUCUGAGUUGACUUUUGAAUCUGAUCCCCCUGCCAUGUCAGGUACUGAGCAGUCUGAGAUGGACAUGGAAGAAAUAAGAAAAAGGCACAUUAACUUGGAAGGUGAGCACUCCGGGUCAAAUAGUUCUGCAAUAACUUUUGAUUCUGAUAUUCUUCUGCGCUCAGGAGUUGACCAGUCUCAAGUGGCUAUUUAUGUGGAGGAACCUAGUCCUCUGGAAAACAAGACUAAUAAAUCUUGUGUUGCUGAAAUAACUUUUGAUUCUGAUAUACCUGUUCAUUCGGGGACUAAUCAACCAGAACUGGCUGUUAAAGACGUAAUCAUUCAGAAAGAAGAAUAUAUACACUUAGGGAGGAAGAAUGAAGAACCCAGUGAUUCUGAAAUAAGUUUGGAUUUUUAUGUCCCUCCUCAUUCAGUGACUGACCCUCCUGAAGUAGCUAUGGAAAAGCUAAAUCUUCAAAAAGAAGAGCAGAUAUACUUAGAAAAUAAGGACAAUGAACCUAGUGGUUCCGGAUUAAGUUUGGAUUAUGGUAUUUUUCAUUCAAUGACUGGACAUUCUACAGAUCCCAUUAAAGAAAUGAAUCUUCAGGAAGACCAUCAGAAAGAACAUAUACACUUACAAGAUAAGGAUAAUGUAUUAAGUGUUUAUGAAACAAGUUUGGAUUCUGGUGUCCAUCUUCAUCAGUCAGUGACUCACAAGCCUGAAACAGCUGUUAAAGAAAUAUGGCUUCAAAAAGAAAGACAUGCUAAAUUCAAAAGUAAAAGUGCUAAAUUUAGUGGUUCUGAAACAGAUUCUGACAUCCCUCAUUAUUUAGUGACUGAACCUCAGAUAGCUGUCAAAGAAAUCAAUGUUCAGAAAGAAGAACGUGUUCUAGAAAAAAAGAGUGAUAAAUAUAGCAGUUCUGGAAUAAUGUUUGGUUCUGAUGUCCUUCCUCACUUAAUGACUGAAACACCUCACAUUGCUGUUUUGAAGGAGGACCAUGUUGCCCCAGAAGAUAAAAAGCGUGAAUCUAGUCAUUGUAAAAUAAGAUAUGAUUCUGGUGACCCUCUUCAGCUAUUGACUGGACAAUUUCAGGAAGUGGUUAAGAAAACAAACCUGAGGAAGGAAGGGAAAGUUGUAAUGAAAAAUAAAAUGGUUCAAACUAAAGGUUCUAAAUUAAUACGUGCUUCUGGUGUUUCUCUUCAGUCUGUGGCUGAUAAACCUGAAGGGGCUAUUAAACGAGUAAACCUUGAGAAUGAAGGUCAUGUGAACGUGGAAGAUAAGAACAGCCAAUGUAGUGGUUCUGAAAUGAGUUUGGAUUCCGAUUUCUUGGUUGAGUCAAUAAUUGAUCAACCUCAAAUAACUAUUUUGGAUCAGGACCAUAUUGAGCUAGAAGAUAAGCACAGUCAGUCUGGUGGUUCUGAAAUGAGUUUUGAUUCUGAGGAUCCUCUUCAGUCAGUGGCUGAGCAGGUUAGAGAAACUGUUAAAGAAAUAAGCCUUUGGAAGGAUGAAGUUGAUGUGGAAGAUAAGAGGGAUGAACCCAAGGGUUUUGAAAUGGUGUAUGAUUCUAAUGUCCUUUUUCAGUCAGUGGCUGCCCAAACUGAAGAAGUCGUUAAGGGGAUGAACCUUUGGAAGGAGCAUGUUGACUUGCAAGGGAAGAUUGUGGAGCCUAGUGACCCUAAAAUAAAUUUUGAUUCUAAUGAAUCUCUUCAGUCUGUGGCUAAUGAAAUUCAAGAUGCUAUUGCAGAAAUAAAUCUUCUGAGGGAAGGACAUGUUUGUCUGGACGAUAAGGGCUAUGAACCCAGUGAUUCUGAAAUAAUUUAUGUUUCAGAUGUCCCUCUUCAAUCAGUGGUUGAGCAACCACACCUUUUGGAAGGGGAACAUGCCAAUUUGGAAGAUAAGAGCAGUAUCGCUUGUCCUGAAAUAACUUUUAUUUCUGAUGAUCAUCUUCAGUCAGUGGCUGACCAGCUUCAAAAGUCUGUUAAAGAAGUCGGUCUUUGGAAGGAAGACCAUAUUUACCUGGAAGAUAAGAGCUAUAAACUAGGUGACUUCGAAGUAAGUUAUGAUUCUGAUGUUCCUGUUCACUUCGUGACUGAUCAAUCUCCUCUGGCUGUCAAAGAAAUAAACUUGCAAAAGAGGGGUCAUCAUGACCUAGAAGAUAAGAGCUGUGGACCCAGUGUUUCUGAAAUAAAAUGUGAUUCUGGUAUUCAUUUUCAGUUAGAGGUUGACCAAUCUCAAGUGGUGUGCAAAGAAAUAGAUCUUCCAAAGGAAGGGCAUCUUGGCAUGGAAAUAAAGAGCAGUGAACCGAGUGAUUCUGAAUUAAUGUGUGAUUCUGAUGUCCCUCUUGAAAUAGUGGUUAAUGAACUUCAAGUGUCAGUUAAAGAAGCAAAUCUUCGAAAGAUGCUAUUUGUGGACCUGGUGACCAGUGAUAGUGAUUGUGAAGUGAUUGCUGAGUCUGAUAUGCCUUUUCAGCCAGUGAUUGACUCACCUCACAUGACCGUCAAAGAAAUCAAUUGUAUAAAUACGGAAGGUUAUGAUCUGGAAGGUGAGUGCUGUGACUCCUGUGGUUCUGAAAUAGGAUAUGUUUGUGAAGCCUCUCCUCAAUCACUGGCACACCAAUCCAAAGAGACUUUCAAAGUAGUAAACCAGAAGAAAGACUAUAUUAUUCUGCAGGAGUCAAGCUGUGAGUCUUAUGGUUCUGAAAUAAAUUUUCAAAUAGAUCCCCCAGAUCGGUCUGUGACUCUCUCAUCACAAGGGUCUGAUAAAGAAAUGGUGAAAUACAUUGACUCAGAAGAGAAGAGUUAUGGAUCUGAUAGUCCUAAAACAAAUUUCAAAUGGGAAGACGAUUCUCAGCCAAUGGCUGACCAGCUUCAGGAAGAAGACAAAGGAAUCAACAUUUGUCAGAGGAAAGGUCUCGAAACUAUUGGCCGAAAAGAUAAGCACUGUGAAUCUCCUGUUUCUGCAGUGCGUUGUAAUGCCUCUUCUGGGUCAGCCGUCCAUCAAAGGGCUAGUAAAGGAAAACUUCUGAAGCUAAAACAUGCAGAUCCAGAAAGUAUGAGCUGUGAACCAUGUGGUUCUGGAAUGAGUUUUCAGUGUGAGCUCUCUCUUCAGUCUGACACUGACCAGCCUCAAGAAGCUGUUAAUAAAAAAGGACUGUAUAAGAAGAUGUCUCUGGACCUAGAAGAAACAAACCGCGAUUCCCAUUCAAGCUCUAUUUUCGUGGUUGAUCCUGUCAGGAACCUGGAAAAGGCAAAGGAGGUCAUAGAAGACAAUCCGGAUGAACCUGUUCUUGAAGCCUUGCCUCAUGUCCCUCCUUCAUUUGUAGGGAAAACAUGGUCUCAAAUAAUGAGAGAAGAUGACAUGAAAAUUAAUGCUCUUGUCAAGGAAUUUAAGGAGGGUCGUUUCCACUGUUACUUUGAUGAUGAUUGUGAGACCAGGAAAAUAAAAAAAAAAAAUUUGAAUGAAGGAAAAAAGAUUACCUGGACUGACCCGAGUCAGGACACUGCAGCAAUUCAAGUUCUUUCAGAUUGUGAUGAUAAUGCAGGUGGCAUUUCAGAUACCGAUGACUUUUCAGUGGCCUUAGAUAAAUCUAGCCAUCAUUCUACAGUAAAGAGGCCUUAUUAUGAACAAUCAUGGCGACUGGCUUCUCGAUGUCAGGCUGUAAAAGUCAGCCAUGGAACUCAAACGAAUUUCACAAACCAGUCAGACACACAAGACAGUGGACAGGAGGACGACUCACCAACAGGGAAGCGUUCGCUUCUACAGGACAAAAAAACAAAAAAGAAAGUGAAAAUUGGAACACUUGAAUUUCCUGAAACAUGUACUAAAGUUUUGAAGCCUUUGCAACCCAAUGCCUUAGUCUAUGUUAUUUCUUCAAAUAUGAAAUUUCAGGACAGUGAAACUGCCAACUUCUCUAAAAAAUACCGCACCCCCAGAAGUCGAGAUGUUAGCAUAGAGUACAAAUAUAAACGGAGCUCCUUUAAUUACUAUGACCCAUUGAAUAAGAAAAUUGUAAUUAAUCCUCCACUGAGCAUCGAUGUAUCAGACCCUGACAGAACUAACUGGCUUCAAGCUCAUCUCAGCGACCUGAGCUCCAGUUCAGGCGAGGAAGAUGCUGAAGAUUGUGACCCAACAGCCGUUUUGACCAUAAGGGAUGAAUUACUGGCCUAUCCGGGGGCCCCCGUUUCUCCUGAGCCAGUGCCAAGGCCAGGGACUUCGAGCGCUGGUGCAGCUCCAAAGGAAAGUAACUUCCAGGUAACGCUUGUCGACCGCGAUGCCGCCGGGACCUCUUCAAAAGCAGUUACCCGUAAGUUCUUAGAAGGUAGAAAGAAAAUUCAGAGGCGGAGGAUGACAGCGAACGAUAAUAAGCCAGGUUACCCCCAGAAGGUUUAUAAACCAAUUAGUCUCCACCCACAACCCAGAAUCGCUUCAGAAAAACGGCCAAUUUGGAUUCAGACCAAACUAAAUGAUAUAAUUCGGAAGUAUCUUUCAAAAUACUCGGCCUUCUUGCGUCGCAAAUACCAGUCCAGGAGCGCCUUUAUUAGACUGCAUCUGAAGAAGAAGAACCGCGACGUCGCUAAGUUAAAGAAAGCGAAGAGCCCCACCCACAUGGUUUUGAGGUCGUCGGUUUCGCGGGUUCCCUCGGGUCCGCCGGGUCCACAGGGUCCGCAGGGUCCCUCCGCGCCGCCGGGUCCGCCGGGUCCGCCGGUGGCGGCUGCUGAGGAGCAGUUAAUCGCUGCCCCCGGCUCUACUCCCAAGCAACCUGGGCAGGGUUCUCGCCCCCCUGCAGGAAGAAAGAGGAAUGGUGGUAAAAAACGCCCGAGGAAGAGAAGAAGGCGGCUUUCUCGACCUGUGAAGAUAUAUGCUUUGAGAAGCUUAUAUUCUCAGGUACCGUACUCCGAUAGGAUGAGGACUCGGCUAUCAAACAAACCGCGGGCUAAUGAGGCCACCUAG